UCAGGGCUCGAACCACCCAGUUUAUACAUUUGAUCGAAGAAUAACAACAUUUCUGCUAUACUGCAGGAUUGGCGUCCUUUUCCUUUCAGGGAAUUGUGGAACCGUGGAAGAGGCAAGAAGAAGCAUGGGGUGACAAAAAUUAUUUGAAGGAAUCUGCAGUUCGUGUGCCCUUACAAUUGUAUUUUACACACACAGUUCUCAGCAGCUUGGUCAGUGAAGUGGAGGAUAGAGAGAAGCAGAGGAGGACAUAACGGAGGGAGAAAGAGGGAGCUCUGCAGCAGGAUCCCCACCGUGCUGAGCCCAGGACUGCGUGACUGGUCUGUGCUGGGUGAGGGGGAGGGGAGGCAUAUCAGUGCAACACAGCCUUACUGGAUGAGUAGCAGCAGCAGCAGUAACACUAGCAGCAUCUCAUUUGUGGCUGCUGGGGGCUCGGUCGCUAGAGCACCGCGCUCCCGCUCACACACACACAGGCGCUCCCAGCGCCACCGUCACACACACGCAGUGGCAGCCACAGCCGUCGUUAGAGCCUGGGCUGGGGCAGGGACGGGGACCGCUACUGUGACGACUGGAGCUACGGCGAUAGCAGCUGCGGCACCAUGGCGCAAGCCGCCAAGCAGCUACGCAAGAACAAGGACCUAGCAGAGCUCGCAGCUCAGGAGCUGAAGGAUAAGGAGGAGGAGAAGAACAAGAAGAGGAAUCGAUCGAGGGACCGCAGACGCAAGGCUCAUGUGGUUCAGCGCUGGCUUGUCCAUCAGGACAGUAGUGUGAGCUCUGAGAGGUCGGCCAAUCGAGCCCGGGGAAUAUGGUACUAUGAUGACAGAGCGGAUGCUGCCACCAGUUUCCUCCGUGCGGCCCGUUCAGGGAACCUGGACAAGGCUCUGGACCACAUCAAGCAUGGAAUAGACAUCAACACAUCCAAUCAGAAUGGGCUCAACGGUUUGCAUCUGGCCUCUAAAGAAGGCCACGUCAAGAUGGUCCUGGGGCUACUACACGCUGGCAUUGUCCUGGAGACCACAACUAAGAAAGGGAACACUGCCCUCCAUAUCGCUGCAUUGGCAGGCCAGGAGAGAGUGGUGGCUGAGCUCGUCAACUAUGGAGCCAACGUCAAUUCCCAGUCACAGAAAGGCUUCAGUCCCCUAUACAUGGCUGCACAAGAGAACCACUUAGAUGUAGUAAAGUUUCUGCUAGAGAACGGAGCCAAUCAGAGCCUUCCAACAGAGGAUGGGUUCACGCCGCUGGCGGUGGCUCUUCAGCAGGGUCAUGAGAACGUGGUGGCCCUGCUCAUCAACUACGGCACCAAGGGCAAGGUCCGUCUGCCUGCCCUGCACAUCGCUGCACGCAACGACGACACACGCACUGCCGCAGUGCUGCUGCAGAACGACCCUAACCCCGACGUCCUCAGCAAGACUGGCUUCACUCCUCUCCACAUUGCGGCUCACUAUGAGAACCUGAGUGUGGCCCAACUGCUAAUAAACAGAGGCGCCAAUGUCAACUUUACUCCCAAGAAUGGUAUCACCCCCCUACACAUAGCCUCCAGAAGGGGUAAUGCGAUCAUGGUUCGACUUUUGCUGGACAGAGGGGCCCAGAUAGACGCCAUGACCAAGGAUGAGCUGACCCCUCUGCACUGUGCGGCCAGGAACGGUCAUGUCAGAAUCAUCGAUCUCCUGCUGGACCUGGGGGCUCCUAUCCAGGCCAAGACCAAGAAUGGCCUGUCCCCCAUCCACAUGGCGGCCCAGGGAGACCACAUGGACUGUGUGAGGCAGCUCCUCCAGUACAACGCUGAGAUCGAUGACAUCACGCUGGACCACCUGACCCCUUUACACGUGGCGGCCCACUGUGGUCACCACCGCAUGGCCAAAGUGCUGCUGGACAAGGGGGCCAAGGCCAACGCACGUGCACUGAAUGGGUUCACUCCCCUCCACAUUGCCUGUAAGAAGAACCACAUGCGCUCCAUGGACCUUCUGCUGAAACACUCUGCCUCCCUGGAGGCCGUCACAGAGUCUGGUCUGACCCCUCUUCAUGUAGCAGCCUUCAUGGGGCACCUGAACAUUGUGAAGAACCUGCUCCAUAGAGGAGCUUCACCCAACGCCUCCAAUGUGAAAGUGGAGACACCCCUCCACAUGGCAUCCAGGGCAGGCCACUGUGAGGUGGCUCUGUUCCUGUUGCAGAACACAGCACAGGUGGAUGCAAAGGCUAAGGAUGACCAGACCCCUCUCCACUGUGCGGCCCGUAUGGGACAUAAGGAGCUGGUCAAGCUGCUCCUGGAGCACAAGGCCAAUCCCGACUCGGCUACCACAGCUGGCCACACCCCCUUACACAUCGCCGCCCGCGAGGGACACACCCACACCACCCGCAUCCUCCUGGAUGGGGCGGCCCAACAAACCAAGAUGACAAAGAAAGGCUUCGCUCCUCUCCAUGUGGCCUGUAAGUACGGCAAGGUGGAUGUGGUUGAGCUGCUGCUGGAGAGAGGAGCCAAUCCCAACGCGGCUGGAAAGAAUGGCCUGACUCCUCUACAUGUGGCCGUCCAUCACAACAAUCUGGACGUGGCCAAGCUGCUGGUUAGCAAGGGAGGCAACGCACACAGCACUGCCCGGAAUGGCUACACUCCCCUGCACAUUGCAGCCAAGCAGAACCAGGUGGAGGUGGCCGGCUGCCUGCUGCAGCACGGAGCCUCUGCCAACGCUGAGUCUCUCCAGGGGGUCACGCCCCUACACCUGGCCUCCCAGGAGGGCCGGCCGGACAUGGUGGCCCUGCUCAUCUCCAAACAGGCUAACGUCAACCUGGGGAACAAGAAUGGACUGACCCCUCUGCACCUGGUGGCCCAGGAAGGUCACGUAGGGAUAGCAGACACCCUGGUCAAACAGGGGGCAUCAGUCUACGCAGCCUCACGGAUGGGCUACACAGCGCUUCACGUGGCCUGUCACUAUGGCAACAUCAAGAUGGUGAAGUUCCUCCUGCAGCAGCAGGCUCAUGUGAACAGCAAGACCAGAGUGGGCUACACUCCCCUGCACCAGGCCGCCCAGCAGGGUCAUACUGACAUUGUUACCCUGCUGCUCAAACACGGAGCCCAGCCCAACGACAUCACCACUAAUGGGACUUCUCCUCUGGGCAUCGCCAAGCGUCUGGGUUACAUCUCUGUCAUUGAUGUGCUGAAGUUGGUCACAGAGGAGGCCGUUUCCGUGAUCACCACAGAGAAACAUCGGAUGAGUUUCCCUGAGACAGUGGAUGAGAUAUUGGACGUUUCAGAGGAUGAGGGCAUUGCAGCGCUAACAUUAGGGGAUGAGUUGCUGGGGAUGGAUGGUGCUCGCUACCUGAAGCUUGAUGACCUCAAGGACCAGGAUGAUGAUUUCCUGUCCCCUAAGAAGACUCUGAGAGACUUUGAGGGUGGACUGGGUACCACGCCAUACUCUCCUGCUAUUCCUAGAAUCCCAUGCGUGUCCCCAGAGACCGUCCUGCUGGAGGGGCACACCCCUGUCCCCCUGCCUAAGGACUAUGAUGAGGACUCUCUGAUCCCCAGCAGUCCUGCUACAGAGACCUCCGACAACGUCAGCCCAGUGGCCAGCCCUAUACACACAGGGUUCCUGGUCAGUUUCAUGGUGGAUGCCCGGGGGGGCUCCAUGCGUGGCAGCAGACACCACGGGCUGCGUGUCAUCAUCCCCCCUCGGACCUGUGCAGCCCCUACCCGUAUCACCUGUCGUCUGGUCAAACCCCAGAAACUCACCACCCCUCCCCCGCUAGUGGAGGGAGAGGGCCUGGCCAGCCGUAUCAUCUCCCUGGGGCCCUCCAGUAUGCAGUUCUUAGAGCCAGUGAUAGUGGAGAUUCCCCACUUUGCUGCUCUGGGUCGAGGGGUCCGGGAGCUGGUGGUUCUGCGCAGUGAGAACGGCUCUGUCUGGAAGGAGCAUCGCAAUCGCUAUGGCGACGAGGUGCUGGAGACCAUUUUGAAUGGCAUGGAUGAAGACCUGGAGAGUCACGAGGAAUUGGAGAAGAAGAGAAUCCGCCGAAUUAUCUCCACUGACUUCCCCCUCUACUUCGCUGUGGUGUCCCGCGUCCAGCAGGAGAGCGACCUGAUUGGCCCAGAGGGAGGUCAGCUGACCAGUAACCUGGUCCCUCAUGUCCAGGCCAUCUUCCCUGAGACAGCGGUCACCAAGAGAGUUCGGCUGGGGCUGCAGGCUCAGCCAAUCCCAGACGAGCUGCUGACUCGACAGCUUGGUAACCAAGCGACCUUCAGUCCAGUGGUCACGGUAGAGCCACGACGACGCAAGUUCCACCGGCCAAUCGGAUUACGUAUCCCACUGCCCCCUUCUUGGAGGGAGAGUCCACGUGACGCUGGGGAUGGGGACACCACCAGCCUGCGCCUCCUCUGCAGUGUCAUUGGUGGAACAGCACCUGCCCAAUGGGAGGAUAUCACUGGCACCACCAAGCUGAUGUACGCCAAAAACUGCGCCAACUUCACCACCAACGUCUCCGCAAGGUUCUGGCUGGCAGACUGCCCUCGCACGGCCGAGGCGGUGACCUUCGCCAACCUGCUGUACCGGGAGCUGAUGGCAGUGCCCUACAUGGCCAAGUUUGUGAUAUUCGCAAAAAUGAAUGAGGCGCGCGAGGGCCGCCUACGCUGCUACUGCAUGACCGACGACAAGAUGGACAAAACCCUGGAGCUGCACGAGAACUUCAGCGAGGUGGCACGGAGCAGGGAUAUAGAGGUGAUGGAGGGCAUGCCGCUGCACCUGGAGUGUUCUGGGAACCUGGUGCCUGUGAGGAAGGCCACUCAGCAGCCACGUAGCUUCAGCUUCCAAGCCUUCAGAGACAACAGACUGCCUGUCUCGGUCAAGGUUAGAGACAGCAAUAAGGAGGCCUCUGGGUUCCUUUCUUUCCUACGAAAGUCUACCAAGUAUGAGGACUCCCAGCAUGUGCUGUGUAACCUCAACAUCACCAUGCCACCCUGUGUCAAGGUUGUGGGGAGUGAGGAGCGCAGGCGAACUCUGACCCCACUGGCCCUGAGGGAGCGCUACAGCACGCUGAACGAGCCCGGUCUCGUGAAUGCCAUGGAGAGGACCGAGCUCAAGAUCUCUCUCAUAUCUGAACAGCUGGGCUUGAGCUGGGCAGAGUUGGCGCGGGAGCUGCAUUUUGGUGUAGAUGACAUUAACAGAAUCAGGGUGGAGAAUCCUAACUCCCUCCUGGACCAGAGUUCAGCCCUGCUCAAUCUGUGGGCCGGCCGGGAGGGCAAGAGGGCCAAGAUGGAGAGUGUGUAUGGGGCUCUCAAAAACAUUGACCGUUCAGACAUUGUGAGUUCAGUGGAGGGCCAGCCACAGGCAGAGGCCGGGGCCUCAGAGGAGGGUGCCUGCAGACUGGCCGACCGCGACUCCACCCUGCUCUCCCCCAGUGUUAUCAAUGGUUACGGGCUGGUGCAGGAGGAGCUGCUCUCCCCGGCCUCCUUGCAGUACAGCCUGCCCUCUCCACUGGGUGCUGAGCCCUACUGGCAGGAGGUGUCCAGUCUGGAGUGUGCCCCAAUCGCCACCACCGAAGAAGACAUCCUGAUGGAAAUGUCUGACGUGCAGGUGUGGCCCUUGGGGGUCAGCCCCUCUCUGGUCACAGUGGAGGACUCAUCCCUGGAUGGCAGCAGCCGGGCUGACGACUCAGAGGGGGCCACCCUGUCCCUUCCCUUCAGCCUGGGGCGCCCCAGCAGUGGGGCAAGCGGGGCCAGUGGCUCCAUCAUGGGGCUGGAGGAGGAAGAGGAAGGGGAGGUAGAGGAGGUGCGGCAGGAGCCGGCAGACAGGGACAGGGUGAGGGCCAGCGGUGCGGUGCCAAAGGUCAACCUGAAUGGCCAGCUGGGAGGUCAGAGGUCAGAGGGCAGGAGGGUGGAGGUAGCAGCAUCAGUGGUGGGCAGCAGUGUGACUGGAGGAGGAGGAGUAGGGCAGAGUUCAGAGGAAGGGCUUUCUGUUGUUUCAGGACAGCAGGUCUAUGCCCAGCUGUGUGAGAUGUCAGGACUGAGCCGAACCAUGGAGCACAACGGAGACAACAGGGUGUUGGGAGGCAGUGCAUUCCAGCCAUACCUACCCGACAAGGACUCCCUGCAUGGCUGGGCGGGGUUGCAGACACCCAGGCUGCCCCGGCAGAGUGUGGAGACGCUGAUGAUGUUACCAGGGUCACGCGAAGCCCAGGAGGCUAUCUUGACGCCGGUGUGUGACAUGGGGCAGCUGUGCAGGCAACUGUUUGGCACGCAGCCCUUUGACAAGGGGCUGGGCUUCUUUCAUCAGGAGGGGGCCUGGGAGCAGGAGCGGAGGCGGGGCCAGAUUAAUGUUGAUAAAGAGGACUAUGCUGUUGAGUUUCUGGCUGAGGAGCAGUUUGUGGACGAACAUGGAAAAGUCGUCACUAGAAAUGUGGGGGUGGAUGUGAGGAAGGGUCCUCAGUCAGUGAAGCGCACCAGUCUGCGUAGAGUAUAACACUGAAACACACGUACCCAGUCCUCAAGGACCGGACAUCCACUGCCAAACUAUCCUCCACAAACACAAAGCCAGGUGACAGAGGGAAAUGAGGAAAAGAUUGAGAGGAGAGAAGAGGGAACGAAGACUGAUAGAAAGACUAAGAUCUGCAAACAACAAAUACAAACACAAAAUUAUCUGCAGAACGACCCUGGAGUUCCACAGCAAGAGGAAAAGAGACAGAGAUCUACUUGUAGUUUUGUAACAUUUUUUUAAAGAAAAAGAUACUAAACUAGAGUAGAGCAUGAUUUUUUUUCUAUGAAAAACAUGAGAAAAUCCAACCCCCAAAAAAUGCAACAAAAAAGUGCUUCCUGUCAACUGUAACCGCAUGAUUGACUGAUGGUGCAUGACCUUUGAACUGUCAUUAUCUACAAACUGAAGGGGUACAAGGUACACGGCCGACCCAGGACUCGGUCAGGGGUGAGUUUAAGGAUACUUUUUCCCCCAAAAGGGAGUGGUUUGUGUAAGCAAGUUGAUUCUGGCAACACUAAAGCCAAAAAAGCAAGUAUUUUUUCCCCACAACUGAUUGGUACGAUACAGCGAAGCCAAUGCUGAGCCUAACAAUGCUUCAUUCACUUGGAUCCUAUUUCCCUGUUAUUCUAUGUGAUAUAUUCUCUAUGCUUUGUGUCUGUGUGUGUACCUUUACUGCACGUGUUCUCUCGCUUCAGGCUUGGCACUGAGCCUUGUCCUGGUUGGUCGGUGCUCCUGUGAUGUCACGGCGUGCUCAGUGUGGGAAUGAGAACGCCACUGUUCUCCCUGUCUCACUGUUCACUCGUGAGCGUCUGUCUGCGUGUGCCGUCUUUCCUUUGUGAAUGCGCUUCUUGUGUUUCUUGUGUUUCUUUAGCGUUGUCAACCCCAGUUCCAUUUUGUCUAACUUUCUCCCCCUGUUUUACUCAUAAAAAGGUUUGAUAGCAUUGUGUGGCAGCCAGUGGACUCUAAGAUUCUUACCCAACACAUCCCUGAUUUAUGGUAGCAUGAUGUGCCCUUCCCCUCAUACCACCCUCCCCUCCGAUAUGUUGACACCAUACUCCUCUCCAUCAACUCCUGUAGCUCCAACUUAUGUCUAUACCCUAUCAGCUUCCCCCUUUGCUCUCUCUCUCUCUCUCUCUAUCUUUUUCUCUCCUCUCUGUUUGCUUUGGCUGUAGCACCUCAUGGCUUCGUUCUUUUAUGGUUCACAUUAGAUUGUGCUUUCGGUUUUAGGGGGUGAAGAAGAUAGGGGCAUAAUAAAUCAUAUUUAUGGGAACGAGAUGGAGGUAUAUGUGGAAGUUUAGAUGAGAUUUUAGAGACUUUAGAGACUAGCGUAGCUAAUCAAGUAAGGACAUACUGACAGAUAGCACUGUGACCGCCCAACUUAACACUGACCCCUGAGCCCAUGUACCUUGUACUGUGAACUUACACAUACACACACCUCAUACAUGCAUACAUACAAACACACACAUAACCAUUAUACACACUCGCACAUAUCACUAAUACACACAUGCACAUACAGUAAUUGAUCUAUUGUGCCCUAGUUGUUAUGAGAAGCAAGGUCAGGCUCAGAUUAUGUACUUUGGUGUCUGCCACAGCAAUAAUAUCCGACAAGGAGAACACAGAGGGAUAUAUACAGUUGAAGUCGGAAGUUUACAUACACUUAGGUUGGAGUCAUUAAAACUUGUUUUUCAACCACUCCACAAAUUUAUUGUAGAAUAUUUCACUUAUAAUUCACUGUAUCACAAUUCCAGUGGGCCAGAAGUUUACAUACAUUAAGUUGACUGUGCCUUUAAACAGCUUGGAAAAUUCCAGAAAAUUAUGUCAUGGCUUUAGAAGCUUCUGAUAGGCUAAUUGACAUAAUUUGAGUCGAUUGGAGGUGUACAUGUGGAUGUAUUUCAAGGCCUACCUUCAAACUCAGUGCCUCUUUGCUUGAUAUCAUGGGAAAAUCAAAAGAAAUCAGCGAAAACCUCAGAAAAAAUUUGUAGACCUCCACAAGUCUGGUUCAUCCUUGGGAGCAAUUUCCAAACAUCUGAAGGUACCAUGUUCAUUUGUACAAACAAUAGUACGCAAGUAUAAACACCAUGGAACCAUGCAGCCGUCAUACCGCUCAGGAAGGAGACGCAUUCUGUCUCCUAGAGUUGAACGUCCUUUGGUGCAAAAAGUGCAAAUCAAUCCCAGAACAACAGCAAAGGACCUUGUGAAGAUGCUGGAAGAAACAGGUACAAAAGUAUCUAUAUCCACAGUAAAACGAGUCCUAUAUCAACAUAACCUGAAAGGCCGUUCAGCAAGGAAGAAGCCACUGCUCCAAAACCGCCAUUAAAAAGCCAGACUACAGUUUGCAACUGCACAUGGGGACAAAGAUCGUACUUUUUGGAGAAAUGUUCUCUGGUCUGAUGAGACAAAAAUAGAACAGACCAUCGUUAUGUUUGGAGGAAAAAUGGGGAGGCUUGCAAGCCGAAGAACACCAUCCCAACCGUGAAGCACGGGGGUGGCAGCAUCGUGUUGUGGGGGUGCUUUGCUGCAGGAGGGACUGGUGCACUUCACAAAAUAGAUGGCAUCAGGAGGGAGGGAAAAAAUGUGGAUACAUUGAAGCAACAUCUCAAGACAUCAGUCAGGAUGUUAAAGCUUGGCCGCAAAUGGGUCUUCCAAAUCGACAUUGACCCCAAGCAUACUUCCAAAGUUGUGGCAAAAGGGCUUAAGGACAACAAAGUCAAGGUAUUGGAGUGGCCAUCACAAAGCCCUGACCUCAAUCUUAUAGAACAUUUGUGGGCAGAACUAAAAAAGCAUGUGCGAGCAAGGCGGCCUACACACCUGACACAGUUACACCCGCUCUGUCAGGAGGAAUGGGCCAAAAUUCACCCAACUUAUUGUGGGAAGCUUGUGGAAGGCUACCCGAAACGUUUGACCCAAGUAAAAAAAUAUAAAGGCAAUGCUACCAAAUACUAAUUGAGUGUAUGUAAACUUCUGACCCACUGAGAAUGUGAUGAUAGAAAUAAAAGCUGAAAUAAAUCUUUCUCUCUACUAAUAUUCUGACAUUUCACAUUCUUAAAAUAAAGUGGUGAUCCUAACUGACCUAAGACAGGGUAUUUUGAUAGGAUUAAAUGUCAGGAAUUGUGAAAAACUGAGUUUAAUUGUAUUUGGCUAAGGUGUAUGUAAACUUCCAACUUCAACUGUAUAUACAGUAUAGUGUGUGUGUGUGUGUGUGUGUGUGUGUGUGUGUGUGUGUGUGUGUGUGUGUGUGUGUGUGUGUGUGUUUGUGUGUGUGUGUGUGUGUGUGUGUGUGUGUGUGUGUGUGUGUGUGUGUGUGUGUGUGUGUGUGUGUGUGUGUGUACCAGUCACAAUUUUGAACACGCCUGCUCAUUCAAGGGUUUUUCUUUAUUUGUACUAGUUUUUACAUUGUAGAAUAAUAAUGAAGACACCAAAACUAUGAAAUAACACAAAUGGAAUCAUGUACAAACCAAAAGUGUUCAACAAAUAAAAAUAUAUUUUUGAUUUUACAUUCUUCAAAGUAGCCACCCUUUGCCUUGAUGAAAGCUUUGUACACUCUUGGCAUUCUCUCAACCUGCUUCACCUGGAAUGCUUUUCCAACAGUCUUGAAGGAGUUCCCACAUAUGCUGAGCACUUGUUGGCUGGUUUUCAUUCACACUGCGGUCCAACUCAACCCAAACCAUCUCAAUUGGGUUGAGUUCAGCUGAUUGUGGAGGCCAGGUAAUCUGAUGCAGCACUCCAUCCCUCUCCUUCUUGGAGAGAGAUGGAGUCAAAGGGUGGAUACUUUUAUUUUUUGGUUACUACAUGAUUCCAUAUGUGUUAUUUCAUAGUUUUGAUGUCUUCACUAUUAUUCUACAAUAAAGAGAAAUAAAAAAAUAAAGAAAAACCAUUGAAUGAGUAGGUGUGUCCAAAUUUUUGACUGGUACUGUAUAUACAGUAUGUGUAUGGUGGUUGGGUGGGUGUUCUGUAUCUGCACAUUAUGGUAGCAUUAAAAGCAUUUCUCUCUCUUGCAUGUAUACAAAGGGUACAAUCCAAGGCUGCAAAUGGUUUUCCCCUCACAAAUGUGAUCCUUUCAAUGUAUUCACCAAUGCCAUUCAACAACAGCAUCUCCUUAGUUGCAUUGAUGUAUUAGUGGGGUGGCACUCCCACCUGGUGUCGUAAAGAGGUAUCACAUACUACAUAACGGUUGUAUGUGGGGAAAGGGGGAUACCAAGUCAGUUGUACAACUGAAUGCAUUCAACAGAAAUGUGUCUUCCGCAUUUAACCCAACCCCUCUGAAUCAGAAAAUGGUUUGGUCCAGCACUUAACGUAGCAGAUAUUAUCCAGGAUAUGCUAACUUCAUCCAUUGCAUCUUGGGAAUGAAUCUCUCGUUGUAGCACUCAUUUACUGAGAAAAAUAGAAUAUGUAUCAUAACCACUGUAGCUGGAGUAAAAAAAUACACUGAAUUUGGUAUUUGUAUUUAUUAUGGAUCCCCAUUAGCUGCUGCCAAGGUAGCAGCUACUCUUCCUGGGGUCCAGCAAAAUGAAGGCAGUUAUAUACAAUUAAAAUUAUUACAUUACAUUUCACAACAUAUUUCUCAACACAUUAAGUGUGUGCCCUCAGGCCACUACUGUACUACCACAUAUCUACAACACAAAAUCAAUGUGUACAUGUGUGUAUAGUACAUAUGUUAUGUGUGUGCGUGUGCCUGUGUGUGUGUGUGUGUGUCUCUUCACAGUCCCUGCUGUUCCAGUUUUCAGUUUUCUUAUCAGAUUUUACUGCAUGCACGAGUUACUUGUAGAAUAGAGUUCCAUGUCGGACUGACUCUAUGUAGUACUGUGCACCUCCCAUAGUCUGUUCUGCCUCUGGUGGCAUGUCCCUCUUUGUGACACCUGACCACACGACUGAACAGUGGUCCAGGUGCGACAAAACUGGAGCCUGUAGGACCUGCCUUGUUGAUAGUGACAUUUGUGUUAGUGUCGUACAUGUUCAAUGCCCUUCUCUAUAAGCAUGCUGAAAAUCUGUUGUUACUGUGAAAUAGAAUUGUAUCUGGUCAAACACAAUUUUUUUCAAAAGUUUACUAAGGGUUGGUAACAGGCUGAUUGGUCGGCUAUUUGAGCCAUUAAAGGGUGCUUUGCUAUUCUUGGGUAGCGGAAUUACUUUUUCUUCACUUUCUUGUUGGCUUAGAUUGAAGAGAUGGCAAAUAGGAGUAGCAAUGUUGUCCACUAUCAUCCUCAGUCAUUUCCAUCCAAUUUUGUCAGACCCAGGUGGCUUGUCAUUGUUAAUAGACAACAAUAAUGUUUUCACCUCUUCCACAUUCACUUUACGGAAUUCAAAAUUGCAACGCUUGUCUUUCAUAAUUUGGUCAGUUAUGCAUGGAUGUGUAGGUUCAGAAUUUGUUGUUGGCAUGUCAGGCUUAAGUUUGCUAAUCUUGCCAAUGAAAAAAUCAUUAAAAUAGUUGGCGAUA